AUGGCUCUUGCCAGUGAAGUACUCGACAACUGGGAUCUUGGAGGCAUCUCCACCAUAGACGUCCUUCAAAAGUCUCUCAAUGUGUCCUUCAUGGACAUUGUCAAGAAUCUCCUUGAUUGGUUCAUCGACCUUGUUGGUGAAUUGAGCAGCAACAGGACCGUGCAAGAUACAUGUUCUUUGGACGUCCUCGUCAACAACAGCUUCGAGGUCUUCGGAUUGCCACAAAGAAUCCUUCUUGAAGAAGACUUCGAAUCUCUCAUCGAGAAUUGGAACGAAAGGAACUGGCUUUUGGCCUGGGUUGGAGCACAUAGCAAGGAAAUAGUCGCAAUCCUCAGCAUUGAUCAGUUGAACCUUAGCUUCUGGGUAAGCGUUGAAAACGGUCUCCAACACUGGAUCUGGAGUCUCCAGCAAGCUGAAGCUCUGGAUCAAAGAGUUGGUCUCGCUAGCAGAGAAACGUUCCUCAACUCUUCUCAAGAACUUUCCAACAAAGUUUCUCAGAGUGAAGUCGAUCCAUCUCUUGGACUUUCUGACGUACAUGAGCUCAACACAUCUCUUGGCAACUUGUUCGUAAGUCAUGUCUUGAAUGUCGCAAACACCGUCUUCGUUCUUUCCAAACCAUGGCUUUUGGAAGUCGGCGUUGAGCUUCUUGAUGAUGUAGUCACGCUUCUUCUCCAAAGCAUCAAGCAUCUUUGCUUUUGGAAGAGAGAACACAGUGUCGUCCAUCUCCUUCCAGAAGAUAACUGCUCUGGUAGCAAUCUUGUGGAUUGGUUCACCCAUCUCGGACUUGACAGUCAAGAUACCUCCAGCUGGUUUCUUGUAUGUCUGCUCCCAUUUGGAGUCAGGAACACCGGCGCAGGCAGCAAUGGCUUUCUUGGCGUCUGGGGAGGUCUUACACUCCUUGGCAACCAUAACUCUGGAACCGAACAGAACACCAUCGAAAGGCAUUGGUGGGUAGUUGAACUUGGUGGACCAAGCACCAGUCAGGUAUGGAUAAGUGUCCUCAGCAGAACCGAAUCCAGAACCUGCAACAAGAAUGAUGUUUGGAUAUCUUCUGAUCUUGGAGUACAUCUGCAAGACUGGUUGAUGGAAGUCCUCGAAAGAGUGGUGACCACCACCUCUUCCACCAGUCCAUUGCACAACAAUCGGGAAGUUAGGGUGGGCCUUAGCAAUGUUGAUACAUUGGCUGAUGGCGUCAACAGAACCUGGCUUCAGUCCCAAGUGGGUCAAGCCCAGAGUCUCAAUGUAUUCGGAAGCAACUUCGAGAGAUGGAACACCAGCUCCAAUAGACAAAGAUUGGAUAGGGAAUCCCUUGGCUCUCAGAUCCUUGAUCAAUGGAAUACCCCACUGGAGCAUUCUUGGGCUGACAUAAAUUAA